UUCCCAACAACACCUAGUUUCUCAAAGCCCGAGACUCUUAGUUUCUCAAAACCCAAAACCCCUAGUUUCUCAAAGACCGAAACUUCUAGUUUCUCAAAGCCAGAAAAACCUAGUUUCUCAAAACCCGAAACUCCUAGUUUCUCAAAGCCAGAAACUCCUGGUUUCUCAAAACCCGAAACUCCUAGUUUCUCAAAGCCUGAGACACCUAGUUUCUCUAAGCCCGAAACUCCUAGUUUCUUAAAACCCAAAACCCCUAGUUUUUCAAAGCCCGAAACUCCUAGUUUCUCAAAGCAAGAAACUCCUAGUUUCUCAAAGCCCAAAACUCUUAGUUUCUCAAAACCCGAGACCCCUAGUUCCCAAAAGCCUAAGACUCCUACUUUUUCAAAGCCUAAAACUCCUAUUUCCGUAGAACCCAAGACCCCUAGUUCCCAAAAGCCUAAUACUCCUACUUUCUCAAAGCCCGAAGCCCCUACUUUUUCAAAUCCUGAGACUCCUACUUCACCAACGCCCAAAAAUCCUACUUUUUCAAAGCCCGAAACCCCUAGUUUCUCAAAGCCUGAGACCCGUACUUUCUCAAAACCGGAAACCCCUGGUUUCACAAAGCCUGAGACUUCUACUUUUUCGAAGCCCGAAACCCCUACUUUAUCAAAACCAGAGACCACUAGUUUCUUAAAGCCUGAGACUCCUACUUCACCAAAGCCCAAAAUUCCUACUUUCUCAAAGCCCGAUAUCCCAAGUUUUUUAAAGCCAAAGACCCCUAGUUUCUCUAAACCUGAGACUCCUACUUUCUCAAAAUCUAAGACUCCUAGUUCUCCAAAGCCCGAGACUCCUGAUUCUCCAAAUCUCGAGACCUCUAGUUUUUCAAAGCCUGAAAACCCUAGUUUAUCAAAACCCGAGAUUUCAACUUUCUCAAAUCCUGAGACUCCGAGUUUCCCAAAGUCUGAGACCCCAACUUUCCCAAAGUCUGAAAUCCUAAGUUCUCCAAAGUCCGAGACCCCAAAUUCUCCAAAGCCUGAGACCUUGAGCUACUCAAAGCCAGAAACCCCUAGUUUCUCAAAGCCAGAGAUGCCAAGUUCCCCAAAAUUAGAGACUCCAAGAUCCCCAAAGUCCGAGAUCCCUACUUUGUCAAAGCCUAAAAACCCUAAUUCUCAAAAUCCCGAGACCCCAAGUUCCCCUAAGCAUGUAAUCCCUAGCUUUUCAAAGCCUGAGAUCCCAAGUUUCUCUAAGCCCGAGACUCCAAGUUUCUCAAAGCCUGAGACUCCAAGUUCUUCAACGCCCGAGACACCAAGUAUCACAAAACCUGAGACUCCUAGUUUCUCAAAGCCUGAGACUCCAAGUUCUCCAAAGCCCGAGACCCCAAGUUUCUCAAAGCCUGAGACCCCUAUUUUUUCAAAACCCGAGACCCCUAGUUCUCCAAGGCCUGAGACUCCAAGUUCUCCAAAGCCCGAGACCCCUAGUUUCUCAAAGCCUGAGAUUCCUAGUUUCUCAAAGCCCGAGACCCCAAGUUCCUCAAAGCGUGAGACCCCAAGUUCUGCAAAGUCUGAGACGCCAAGCUUCCCAAAGCCUAAGACGCCAAGCUCCCCAAAGCCUGAGAUGCCAAGUUCCGCAAAGCCUGAGAUGCCUAGCUUGACAAAGCCUGAGAACCCAAGUUCCCCAGAGCCCGAGAACCCAAGUUCCACAAAGCUCGAGACGCCAAGCUCCCCAAAGCCUCACACCCCAAGUUUCGAGACUCCAAAUUUUCCAAUAUCCGAAACUCCUAGUUCCCAAAAGCCCGACACACCAAGUUCCCCAAAGUCUGAGACGCCAAGUUUGCCGAAUCUUGAGACCCCAAGUUUUCCUAAAUUUGAGAUUCCUAGUUUCUCAAAGCCUGAGAUACCUAGUUUCUUUAAAUUCAAAUCCUCUAAUUCUUCAAAGCCUGAUAUUCCAGCAGCCCCAACAGCAGCCCUAGAACCUUAAAUACCAAGUGUGACAAAGCGUGAGCUACCAACUACCUCAAAACCUGAUAUCCCAACUUUUACAAAGCCUGAAUUACCAAUUGUUUCAAAUCUUGAGAUUCCUAGUGUGAUAAAGACAGAAAAUCCAAAAACUUCUAAACCAACAUUGUCAACUUCUCCAUGA